CAUAUCUAGAUACGACGAUCUGCUCCAAUUUGAGAAAAUCCACUUCUGUCAUCAAUUGAAUUGGACAGAUGGCUACCCCAGACACUGUGUUAUCAAGCUACCCUAGCCUCACCUUUGCCCAUGGCUCUCUGAGGCCGGAGGAGCGAGGAAGGUUGGAGACAAGGAGAGCACACAUUCAGGACUACGAGCCUCCCAAGUGGAGGUCAUCACACGCUGAUGAUGUGUCUGGAGAGCACACUGAGGUCCCUAUGGUUGAUCAUGCCAAUAUUGUAUUUAUAGGUCCAGUAGGUUCAGGCAAGUCGUCUCUCAUAGGCAGUCUAUGGCGAGCAGUGAACCAAGACACGGUGUUUCCUGACCGUAUCCAGCUCACCCUCAACCACCCUGAUGAGGACACCCACGGCACUAUGAAGUGGAUGGAGACCUGCGGGAACAAGAAGAGGACCAUCAUUUAUCAAGACACUCGUGGAGAUCAGGAGUACGACACAUCAGAGAGAAAUGUCCACGAGUUCUCCCUGCGAGGGAUGUAUCGUGAUGGGGCUCAGCUACAGUCUCACAGUGUCUUCUCGAGUGACUGGUGGAUUUCCAGGCGGUUCUUCUGGGAGAGGGGGCAAGGGGAAGUCCCUCACUGUGUGGUCUUUGUGUUUGAUGGGUCCAGUGAUCCCUUCCUGGAUGCAGAGAGUAUGGAGUUCUUCAAGACUGUCUUCGAGGACUGUACCAAGUUAGGCUAUGAGCCGGUCAUUGUGGUGUCAUGUCUGGAUCUCAUCUACCAGGAGGCCCUCAGAGUGGGGGAGAACUAUGAGGUGCAAAUACAGCACAAGAGAGACCACAUCCUGCAAGCAUUCGAGAACCUCAAUCUCACAAGACAGAGUAUUUAUUUCGUGACCAACUUCCACGAGGGGAAGAGAGGUGGAGUCAGGGUGUGGGAGGCGGGGGAUAAAGGUUUUGAAAGAGCUACUAAGAUGCUGGUUGACUUAGGUAGAGAUUUAUUGACUGUGGCAGACAGGUUCAUAGAGAGGAAGUACACUGGUAAUCCUAAAUGCACUGUUUUGUAGCUUUCUGGUUUUCUGUUAAAUGUAUGUCGAACUGCUUGUAUUUCUGUGCAGUACGUGUUACUGUAAGUUGCACUUAAUUAUUUUGUUCAUCAUGGUUGUUUAGUCAAA